AUGAAGCUUGCCGUUUUGAUUUGGUCAGCUGUGGUAGUGCUCGUGCUAGUCCUCGCCAUCCCGGAGGCAAACGGAAAUGUGCACGACUUUGAGGGAAACGAUCUGCACAACUCGCCAGGGACGGGUUCGGGCCAUGCCGGACGCGGAUUUACCGAUAGUGCGCGUGACAUCCUGGCCAGUCCAGCCGGGCAAUUGGCGGCUUAUAUGGCGAAGGAAAUGAUCAGUCGAUCGGCCGGAAACAGUCAGGUGCUGAGCCUGAACCUGACCAACCUGUUGAUUCUGUUCCUGCUGAAGGCGCUCAUCUUCGCCGCCGGACUGAUCGGGGCCGGAAACUGGAGUCAGUACGCGCGCGGCCGCAGCGAGCAGGGUGCCGCAAAUGGUGGCUUUCUGCUGCCCGGCGAAGCCAACCUCAUCCUCGGCUAUCUGGCGGCGGAGGGUUCGGGCCAGGACGGGUGCCUGAUGCGUUCCGCCUGCCGAGCGCCCCGCACCGCCGACGAGUACGCACGGGCGGCGCACGCCCUCAUGAAGGGUGCGGAAAUGUUCAACCCGGAAGUGGCGGAAAACUACAACUACAAGCGGCUGCUGGCGAGCCUGGACCGGGCGGCAAUGGAGGGCCUUCAGGGGGCUCCGUGCGAGAUGAUCUACGCUUGCCACAUCUGA